GCUCUGUGAGAAAGAAAGUAUAAAAGCUGUCUUAGAGAUUGUUUUAUUUUAUAGUCAAAUAUUGACAACUAGAACAGCUAUCAUCAUCUCUCUUACACACAUUUAGUCACACACAGCACAGACACGGUUUACACAUGAAAUCUCUCUCAUACAAACCAAACCAAUUUAUUUAUUUUUUUUAACUUUUUUGAGUUUACCAAACCUGAUUACUUGGGAGAAGCAAAAGGAGAGAUGGUAAAGAGAGAGUGAGAGAUGAAGAAAGGGUCUUCCCUGAGGACAGUGGAGAUGCUGAAGAAGAUAAAAGGCCUCGGUUAGCGAAAUUCACUUACGUUGGUAUUAUUGGAGGGCAUAGAGAGAUAGAAACAGAAAGAGGAGUUAUUGUGAAGUGAAAAAAACAAAUAACGGAGUUGGGGGCGGGGGGAGAGAUGGUGGGCUCAGGAGCAUCAGAUAGGAGCAAAGAGGCGGUUGGGAUGAUGGCCCUGCACGAGGCCCUCAGGAGUGUCUGUCUCAAUUCAGACUGGACUUACUCCGUCUUCUGGACCAUUCGACCACGCCCGAGAAGUAGAGGUGGUAAUGGUUGCAAGGUUGGCGACGACAAUGGCAGCUUGAUGCUGAUGUGGGAAGAUGGGUUUUGCCGGGGAAGAGUUGCUGAAUGUCUGGAGGAUAUAGAUGGGGAGGAUCCAGUCAGAAAGGCCUUCAGCAAAAUGUCCAUUCAGCUGUAUAAUUAUGGAGAAGGGCUGAUGGGAAAGGUUGCUUCUGAUAAGUGUCACAAAUGGGUUUUCAAAGAGCCUUCUGAAUGUGAACCCAAUAUCUCCAACUACUGGCAGAGCUCUUUUGAUGCUCUUCCUCCUGAAUGGACUGAUCAGUUUAACUCAGGAAUUCAGACCAUUGCUGUGAUUCAAGCUGGCCAUGGCCUUCUACAACUAGGCUCCUGCAAGAUUAUACCUGAAGACCUGCACUUUGUACUGAGAAUGAGACAUACCUUCGAAUCUCUUGGCUACCAAUCCGGUUUCUACCUCUCCCAGCUCUUCUCUUCAAACAGGAAUGCUUCCUCAUCCACUGUCGUUCCUUCAAAACAAGCAGCAGGGCCAAGCAGACCUCCAGCUCCCGUUUUCAAUUGGAGCCAAAGGCCACUCACACCUGCAACUUCUGUCAUGGGUUCCCCCAAUUUUCUUAAUGCUUCUCGACUUGGAUUCCCGCAGACAAAGGAUGAAACCCAGCUCUUUCUCCUUCCCCAUUCAUCUGAGACCCAAAUGAAUGACAUGAUUGCUGAUCAUGAUUCUGACAUAAAAUGGCCAAACGGGCUUUCCUUCUUUAAUGCUCUCACCGGCCGUGCUGAUGAUGCCAAGCUCCUAUUUGGGUCUGAGGGCUUAGGAAACAAACCAAACCAACAGCACCACUCAACCGUUCUUGGAGAGCCAGAAUGGGAACGAGAAUGAAAAUCCUGGUAAUGCAAACACCUAUGAGUACUUGAGCUUGGAGAGCCAGUCAAACAGUGCAAGGAAGAUGGAAAGCAAGUUCAAGAGGAGUUUCACGUUAUCCGCAAGAGUGGCUUCAUCGUAGUCUUCAUCUUCUUUAGAUCAUCGUCCAAACCACCUAGUGGACUAUAGGGGCUCUGAAGCAGGCGUUUAUUCUGAUAUCAUGGAAACCUUCCUAGAAUAAUUUGUUAACGAUCUCUGUAUGGAAGGACUAAAGGUCAGAUGUUGUAUUCUGAAGCAAAUUUAAUGCUCUUCUCUACUGGAAUGUCCUGUUGUUAUCUCCAUGCCAAUUUACUUCUUCCAAUUUCUGUCAUUACAUAGAAGUUUUCCUUCUUAUGUUGUUGUUGAUCAAUAAACUUGAUCAUCAAACCAAAUUUCCUCUUCAAGCUUUAAGACAGUAGUAGUAGUUCUCUUGGAACUUCAAUGAAUAUUUAAACAGAUUGUCUGCUCUUGUUUUCC